UCUGCUGAUGUCUGGAGCUGAGCGACAUUUUCUGGACAUUCCCCAUUAAUGGUGUUUCCUUGUUCUUUGUUCCCACCAGGGUUUAAAGUUGUAUUGUCUUCACUAUUUUGUCUGCACCGCUAUUGAAUGUACAGGGGGUAUAUGUAAAACAGGAUGGCCCAGGAGACAAAUCAAACACAGGUGCCCAUGCUGUGUACCACUGGCUGUGGUUUCUAUGGCAACCCUCGAACCAAUGGGAUGUGUUCAGUUUGCUACAAAGAGUAUCUACAGAGACAGCAGAACAGUGGAAGGAUGAGCCCACCAGCAGCUAGUGUGGUCAGUAGUAACAACAGUUCAAGUACAGAGUCCAUCCCUGUUCAGUGCACGGAAACAAACCCCGAAAUGUCUGCAGAAGCCUCUGUGAAUGCUACAUCGGCCAAAACUAGUACUCCAGUAACACAGCAGAUGACUGCAAUGAGCAUCUCUCAAGAUGAAUCAAGCACUGAAACUGAGGGUGCUCUAAAAGCUGAAGUUGUCACAGGAUCAGUUCCUGUGAAUGUGGAACCUGCAGAAAGUUCCACAGAAGGAGAGGACAAGGUUCUAGAAAAGUCAAAACCCAAAAAGAAUAGAUGCUUCACCUGCAGGAAGAAGGUUGGAUUAACUGGAUUUGAUUGUCGUUGUGGAAAUCUUUUCUGUGGACUUCAUCGCUACUCUGAUAAACACAACUGUCCUUAUGAUUACAAGGCCGAAGCAGCAGAGAAGAUCAGGAAAGAGAAUCCCAUUGUGGUUGCUGAAAAAAUUCAGAAAUUAUGAACUGCUAUAUUGUAGCAAGACAUUGUGGGAAAAUCCAGCAUGGUAUCUUGAAGAGCCCGGCUUAAGACAAAACCUGUUUUUGUGCAAACAACUAGGCAUGAGAUUGGCAGAUGGUUUAGUCAAUGGCUUUCUGCUGAUGGAAAUUUGCUCUGUGGUACAAUGAAGAAAACUAUAUUAUCAACAAUAGAAACUUAACCAGCAAAGGAACAAGGUGAACUGUACCAUGUGAGCAUUCCUUUUUCAGCAGUGGCCUUUUGACUGUGCCUUCUGUCUUAAUAAUCUACUGAGAUCAAGUCUGCAGGGAACCAGGCCAGUGUACCCAUUUAUGUGCCUGUAGGUACUUAUGCCCCUUUACAGAAACUUGAGUAAUGACCUCAUUGGCAUACUCCUUUUUUUAAAAUGAGCUGUGAACUUGUUCUGUGUGUUUGAUCUAGGUGAUAUGUACCUCUUCCCCUCAGGUAAUUGUCGAUAUAUUGCACGCAUUUGGAGUUGUGCAAUACGUUUGAGAAUGAAUGAUGGUCUUAAAAGCAGCCAUGGUACACAAGAGAUGAUACUGAAAUCAGUCUAGUAAACUGAUUUCAUUUACCUCUGUUAAUUUUAAAAGCUAAAAAUAGCAAAUAUCAUACACUAUCCUGUGUAUCAUAGCUGCUUUUAGUUCAAAUAAAGGUGCAUUCACAUAGGUAAGUAUAGAAAUGCUAUUCAUAACACAAUUUCUAAAAAGGUAUUUUUUUAUGGGUAUUUAGGGCAGUAGGAAGUUAGCCAAAGGGGUCAUUACCCAGACAAGUCAGAGGGACAGUAUCUCUUUUUGGUUAGUUUGCUGUGUCCUGGGUUUACUGUGAUGGAUUAUAUCAACACAACACAACCUACCUUUUUAAUAUAAACAUAUAUGUGGAAAUCGCCACACCAUGGCUUUAAAAAGACAGGAAAAAAUAUUCAGGCCUGAAAAUGACACUUUUUCAGUAUUAUUGAAAUGGCCUUUACUGAAUUUUGAAUGAAUAACAUUGGUUCUAUCAGAGCCAGAUUUAUUUUAAAUUGAGCCAAAAUCAGAGCAAGAAAAAGUGAUUCUGUCUCUAAUGAGAUGUGACACUGGUUCGGGUGUGGUCCGGUUCACUGCACACUUCAAGCUGAGCUACGUGCAAAUAAAUUGCAGUGUUGCAGUCUUUUACCAGUUUUUUUUUUUCUCUUUUAGUAGCUAUUUCAGCUUUGAUAGUUAUUCACUUUAUAACAAUGUACAGUUUAAACUUGUAAAUGGGUAAGGGAUAUGGUGGAAGACAUAUUGAUGACUGAGUGCUUUGGGUGCUGGUUGUGUGCUUUUACCCUCCAUUAUUUUCUUUCUUUCUCCUUUUAAUGAAAGUAUGAUAUAAAUGAUAAUAUAUUGUAGUUUGCUUGGAGUGUUUUCAGUUAUGUUAGUUUAGCUCUGGAGUUCUGAAGUUUUGACCACAUGUUGUGCACAUGCUCCAAUUGUAGCCUUUCACUGUAUCUUGCACCAAACCAAGAGACUAAUCUGUUAGCGUUUUAUCAGCUGUUGCUUGCUCAUCUUGGUACAUACAAAUUAUGGGGAAAAUCUAAUUGAAAUGCUGACCCAUCGUCCAACAUUGUGUAUCAAAAUCUGAUCUCUUGUAAUCCCAUUGAGAAUGAUUUAUGUUCGUUGUUUGCCUAAAAGGGAAAUACAUUCUUGUGAAGUGGCCAUAAUUGUUAUAAUUCAAGGAAUCAUGAUGGUUAGCAGGGUAUCCUAGAGGUCCAAGCAACCCAGAGUUCAUAGUGUGGCCAGAACCUCUAAACCAAAUGGAUGGUCACAUUGGUAAGUGUAUCGCUAUCUUUUCAUCCAAAUUAGGAUUAUGAGGCAAUUGAAUAGAAUAUACUUCUGUUUUAAGCUGCACAAGAUCCAUGUUAUAGCAAACUGAAAAGAUUUUUGUGGUUUGGUCAGAUUCCCUCCUUCACAAGUCUGGCGACUAACUUAAAUUUUAUUGCAUUGAAUGCAUAAAAUGACUUUACAUUUUAUUGGCCUUUCUAUGCUGGAUUCUCAAUGCAUAACGGAAGAACGCAAAUCUAAAUCUGCUGUAUUCGAAUACACCAGCAAUAUCAAAUAGGUGAAACACUUAAUUUUUGAAAAUAAACUAUAGCUCCUAUGCAAUUGAAAUAUGUACUCCAAUCAAAAUGACUUAUUUUAAACUGCCAAAUGCAACCAAUAAAAAGCAGCUUCUUACAAAGUUGGUUGAUGUUAAAUGUAUUUACAGUAUUGUCGGAACGCAUUAAAUCAGAUCAGUAUUGCACCUCCCCUUUUCCAAACUGCAACUUUUCAGUCUCAAGGAAUUGCUGUAAAAUAUCACUGCGUAUAUCCCAAUUUAGGUUCUGGUGAUCUAUAAACUUGAAAGGAUCACCUUGGAUAUCAGUUUCUUUCUCAGCUUUUAUUUGGUCUAGUUUCAGAUUUGUCUCCAGAAAUCCCAAGAUGCUUCUACAGAACUUUGUGUCCUGAAUUUAGUGGUGCACAUUUCUGGCUGGAAUGGGGCUAAUUGUGUUUUGAAAGCAACCCCAGUGCACUACUGUUGACAUUUUAGUACUGGUGCACCUUGCAAUAGGGUCAUACUUGUAUUGGGAAUUACAUAUAAGUAUGUUGUACCUCCAGAUUUUAAAAAUGCAUCCAGCAUUUGUAAACUAAUUAUGAAGAUGUAAUAUUUUGCAAAAGAAUAUUCAUUUUUUGGGAUGGUGACAGUAUCAAACCAAGCCAACGCUACAGAAAAUUAAAGAAUACAAACCAACCACAAUAUUUUAUUAAAAGUUUUUUUAAAUCCAUGAAUUUGCUUUAAUAUGAGGUUGUCUAUCUUGAACUAGUCUUUGUACAAGCUUUAAAAGAAGAUUAAACUAGUUUUCUUUGUACUGUAUAAUUUAUAAAUUGAGUCCACUUAUUUUUAGGUAUUUUCUGUACAUCGUGAUUGUGAACAGAAUUAAUAGACAUUUGUUAAUCACAUUGAAUAUCUUGUUUUUCUUAUACUGUUUUUUCAUUUCCAAUAUCUAAUUGGACUUAUUGUAUCAAGCAACUUCGUAAUCUGUGUCCUCUCUGAACUUCAGAAGAUGUUGACCAUCCACAAAAUGAAUGUUGCAUAUGCAAACAAGAUUAGUUUUGAAAAGAAUCUUAGCCGAUCAAAGUACCAGUCAGUUAAUUCACGAUACUUGUUUAAUUGUGGCACCAGUGAUGGAAAAAAGACUUUAAAUUUAAGUCUGCUCCUAUUGACUUUGUUUUCUUCAAAAAAAUGUUUUCCAGUAAUAUGAAGAAAAGCAUCUUAAUAAAGCUGCACAGAGGUUUUGUUGAGCACAAUUACAUUUUGAAUUAACUUGAUAAGUUAAUUGAGUUUAAGAAUGUACAUGGCACCUUACUGUGGCUCUCGAACAUCCUGAAGUGCGUUACGUGCAAUAAAACAGGUGAUUGUCUUGCUUACCAGCAAGUUUCCAGAUAGCAAGAUGUUCACAAACAGCAGCUGGAUGAAUAACCUUUUUUGCUUUGAGGGAGGGGUGGUAUUUGAGUGGAAUAUUGACCAGAAGAUGGAAAGAGCUUCCUGGUUGUCUUCAAAUUGUGGAUGGGAUUUUUACAUCCAUUUGAACUGAAGACCAGCAGUUGAGGUUGCAGUCCAUUAUCUCUUUUUAAAAGACUUCAUCUCCAACGGUGCUGCACUCCCUUGCUGUGUGUCAGCUUAAAUUGUGCUGAACGUCUGGAAUGGGUUUGGAUUGAAUGAGUUUCUCUGGUAUCACAAAUGUUGGCCAGCUCUGUAAAUUUCUGUUUGAAUAGGCCUAUCUUCCUGACUUUGUUCUUGUUAAAUUGGUAAUAAAACUAAUUUAACAUAAUAUGCCAAUGUAUAGAAGUUCAGCACGUCAGCAAUAUCAGAAAUUGCAAAUAUGUCAUUGUGAAUGUCAUUUAUGUUGAUUUGUCUUUUUGAAAUGUUCAUGCAUGCCUUCUCCCCAUUGAAAAUUACGUAUGGUAUAAUCUUUAUGCUGGAUAUUUUAAUAUCAGAAUAUGAUAUGGCAUUCACUUACUAAAUAUGAAGAAUUAGAAGUUUUCAGAGAUAUAAUACUGGUUGUUUCCCUUCAGAUGUUUUUAUAAUACGUGUAUUAGUCUUUUGACCUAAUGAAAUUAUACCAUCACCUAAAAGACUCAAAGAAUCAACAUUCACUUGAGGAUUUAAAAAAAAGUUGUCACUCCACUGUUGGCAUUGGUUAUUAUUUAUUCUGUUCUUUUUCAAAUUCAUUUCACCUCCCCCCCCUCCCCCGAUUAACAGUCUGUUACUAUGUUUUAUUUCCCCUCUUCUCAAUCUCAACAUGAUUUCUCCACUCCUCUCCCUUUUCCAGGCCAUACACCUGCUACCACAGGACACUCAGUAAUACAUCACCCCUUCAGCUGGCUGGGAAUGGCUGUUAAUUUGGAGCUAGUGAAGACCUCAGAAUAAUGAGCUUAUAAUGGAAUGAUGUGUAUUUAAUUAAAAGCUUUUCUUAUAGCUGUCUGUCUUGCCAUACACAGAUUCCUACAGUGCACUCUUAAGUAACAUAAUUAUGCAAUUGUGCCUACUAAUGGAGCCAGUUUCUGACCAUCUUUUAAAUUGUUGAAGUUGCUGAACUUAUCAUACACUUGCAUUAUUAAUUUGCUUACUGGUGCUGAUUAGAUUAAAUGAUAGUAUUUGGAAAUGAGCUUGUCUCAAUGCAUGUAAUUGAGUUCUGAGCAAUGUCUUAAGCUAUAUUGUAAAUGUUUUUGGAGUUGAUUAGAAAAAGUGAUAUCUGCAGCUUUGUUUAGUAUUUCACAUUUAAAUGCCAAGUAAAACGGGCCACCUGUCUUUGCUUGACAUAAAUAAAGAUGGAAUUUGACGAAUAUAAACAUGAUUCAGUUGCUGAAUUUGACACUUUGAUUAAAAUUUUAUUUUCCAGUAACUAAAACUGUUGAUGGUUGAGACAGGCAAUGUAGUGAGGUCUUACCCCAGUUUAGUAAACUGUUCGUACUGCCGAUUCAUGCAAAAUAAGUUGAAACUGUGAAAUACUUGGUUAUCUGAUUGUUGAGUUUGAAAUUCAAAGAGGUAAUGUUUUGCCAAGCAUGUGUGCAAGUACUUAAAAUGCAGUACCCUAGAUUCUUAAAAAAUUAAACACAUACCAUGUUGGAGUUACUGAUAUUAAAAAAAAUUCUAGUUAUCAUUUUUGAGUAAGGGAUAUACAAGCACAUAUCUGUCCAUCAGACACCUGUUCAGAAUGUGAAAUUUAUAAUAUGUAAAUUGAAACUUGUAUUAUGCAUAGUUAUCAAAAUACUUUUGGAAAAUUGAGGUUUUAUGAAUUCCUGAAACAUUAUUCAGCUUUAAUUGAAUUUUCUGAAAUUCCUCAUUUAUAUACCUGCUGCAUUAAUUGUAGUGUGGUUAAUUUUACCUAUAAAAUGCUAUCCAUAUUGCUUAGUGUAUAAUCUGAGGCACAUAUUAACAUUGACAGUAGUAUAAUGGGAGAUGCAGCAUUUUAAAAUUCUCACCUGAGCAGAUUUUUAUUUCAGUUCCUUGUAUUUCUCAUGUUCGAACAUUGAUGAGUUUAUGAUUUUAUAAUGGGCUAGAUUCUUAGUGGAACUUCAUUGCAGCUACUUUAUGGCAGGAAAGAAAAAAGUAGUGAAAAUGAAUUGAUGUGAGUACAUGCUUAAACAUCAAAGGCUAAAAUUUAAGUUGUCUUACUAGAGUCUCAUGUUUAGAUUGACAGUACCAGAAGCGAUUUUUUUUGAAUAUGCUGACCAAUUCAAACUGAUUAGUGAAAUCAGGACAUUCAUGUAUUCACUUGGCUUGGAGACAGCACUGAAGUCCACUCGCGUUUCCCUUUGCUUUGAUAAAAUGUGGUGAGUUUAGCAAUUGAAAUAUGUUGUGACAUGUUCAGUGCUCUUAACUUGCCUGACUCUGUCCCUCUACUCGUUUUUAUUCAAAAGGGCUUGGGUGAAAAGCAAGUUGAUUUCUGUACUUGACUCAUUGAUAGGAAUAUUAAUGCUGUAGAGGCGCAUUGCCUGCUGACUAGUGAGAUCCCCAGUCAGAUUUUUUUGAAGAAUAGGGUUUUUGGAUGUGUCAUGUGAAUAAAUGUUUAAAAUGGAAUCAAGUUUCCAUGACACUUUUGAAGGUGGAAAUGGAUCUGUAUAUUGAUGAAAAUGUGGCACUCCAGCAAAAGCUGGUUGGUGAUGUCUGGUUGUGGCAAAAUAUCACUACAUAUUUUGUUUGCCAGCUCAAAACUAAGCAACAUGGAUAGUUGACUUAUUUAAAAGAACUUAUUUCAUGAGUUCUCUCUUUAAAAGUACUAUUUUCAACAUGCAGUUUUUUACCCAGCAAAAUACAAGCUUCUGUUUUAGUUGCUGCAUGCACUUCCUUUACUUUAGUUAUUUUACAGUAUAUUGCAUUUGUACAUUAAUUAUCACUAAAACUCUAGGAUUUUGAAUUUGUA